UGAGGACUGGCUGAAGAGUCGGGGACCCAGUGUGACGUGCCAUAGAGACAGUUCACAGUUGUUUUGUGGUGCUGAGUGUUCCGAGAGAGAGUCCACUCCAGAGUCCUGUUGCUGUCAUGGGUUUUAGUGCGGUGCUGCUGUCCUUCCUCCUGUUGUCUCUGAGCUGGUCCAAAGGAGCUGUUAUCACAGGGGCUUGUGAGAGAGAUGAGCAGUGUGGUUUUGGCCUUUGCUGUGCCGUCAGUCUUUGGCUGAGGGGUCUGAGGAUGUGUGUCCCAAGAGGUGUGGAAGGGGAUGAGUGCCACCCCUUUAGCCACAAGGUACCCUAUCCAGGGAAAAGGCAACAUCACACCUGCCCCUGUCUCCCCCACUUGGUGUGCACCAGGUAUGCUGAUAGCAAGUACAGAUGUACGGAAGACUUCAAAAACAUGGACUUUUAACAGAUGCGUGAACACUCCGACUAAGGCGAGCACAGCGGACGGCAACCUGAGGAUCAAAAUCAUCUUCAGUGACUGUAUUCUUCAUUUGUGUACUCUAUGCACUACAAUGUAUGGAUUCUACUGAUGCACACUACAAGCACAUAAAAAUAGACAACAGGGCAAUGUAACCAACAAGACCUAUAAU